UUCCACGAAUUCGAAUAAUAUGCUGUUGAACAAAACCAAAACCAACAAAACUGUUGGGGAAGGAAACAAAAAUAAUGGCUGACUCGUGUUGUUAUUGCGUUGAGUCAAUCAUGUUUUUCCGCGUUUCAUUGAACCCGUGACGUUUCACAGUACUGAUUCAAUCGUACCGUUGACGUAGUUUAAUUUUUUUCCGUUUUCGUCUCCUCGUUUAUGGAAUUCUUCUUCGGAGAUCUAAGAUAUUCGUCGAAUUCUCCGCACACGAUUCACAACCCGAUUGCGUUAGUGUACGUGUUUGUGUUCAAGUUCGUGCUCGUUGGCCGAUUUAGUGGAAAAAUCUGUAUCCUCGAAAAAACUCACAAUACACACCGGGUGAUAAACGUAUUAAAAACAACAAUAAACAAAUUGUUUCUUCACUUACGGUUACUAUUCAUUUUCACUCCGAGCGUGAGAAUUUCGCAAUGGAUGUUGAUUAUGAUAAUCGGGAUGAUAACGACAAUGACAAUUUAUCGUUACGCGAUCAUCUAGAUACUUCGUCCACUGAAAUGAACUGUUGAACCGUCAAAAAUUUUUUGCGUCGUGAAUCCGAAAAAUUAACGUUUUAUGCUUUUUUUGUAUUUUUGUAAGGUUACUCUGAUUCUCAUUGGAGAAUUUCAGUAUUUAUCAUCAUGGUUCAUAUACCUAGCACGUAUACGUACAAUUUUUGGGCAAUUACGCCCACUGAAGUAGUAGAAUUGACAUGCCUCAUGCCAAAUGGGGUUGUCAUACCUUUUGAGACCAAUCGCAAUACAUCUCUGGCCGAAAUCAAAGAGGAUCUUUGGGACGAAGCAAGCAAAUAUCCGUUGCAUGGUACUCUCCGAGAUGCUCCAUCCUACGUCUUUUCCUGCAUUAAUUCAAAUGCAGAAGCUGAAGAGCUCAGAGAUGAGAGCAGGCGUCUCUGUGACAUAAAGCCCUUUUGCUCAGUCCUCAAAGUUAUCGAACGAGAGGGUGUCAAAGGGGACAGGAAUUUAGAUUCUCAAAUUGGUGUUCUCAUCGGCAAGGGUCUACAUGAAUUUGUUACUCUCAAAAACUCUGAAGUUAAUGACUUCAGAUGGAAAAUGAGAGUUCUCGGGGAUGAUAUCUCUCUCAACAGACAGAAGCAACUUUGGGUGGAACGAGUUCAUUAUCAAUAUCCACCUAGAUUAGCUCCUACACCUGCUAUACCUAAAAAUAUUGAACAUCGACUUAAGGAUGGCAAUUUCGUUCUUGUUACCAAAUUCGAAAAUACAGAGACUACGUUCACCUUUCAAAUAUCUCAUGACACAACGCCGCAUCAAUUAUUGGUCCUAAUCCUGAACAAAAGAGCAAAUACGUUAAUGUCAAAAGGAGAAAAACCAAAAGAUUUUAUACUGAAAGUUUGUGGUCAAGAGGAAUUUCUCAUUGGCGAAUAUCCGCUGAUACAAUUUAGCUACAUACAAGACUGUCUAGCAAGAGAUAUGACUCCGACAUUGGUAACAAUGAGCAUAGACAGCGUCGUAGUUGACACCGAGAGUACAUUUGACAAUUUAGAACUGGACACCUUGAAGCGAGCCAGACCAUCGUUCUCAACGUUAACAUUGAGAAAGAAAGGCAAACACAUAUCAGCAUGGAAAAUUGAAGAUUUGUUCGUUUUCAAUGUCAAUGGGAUUUCAAGACUCAAUUGCGACGCUGCACAUCGAACUGUUGAGAUCGGGUUACAAGCCGGUCUCUUUCAUGGAGGCAAAUCGCUGUGCGAGAGUAAGAAAACCAAAGAAACGAUAGUGAACCCAGAUGGUAGUUGUGAGUGGGAAGAAACAUUGAGAUUCGACAUAAAAGUAUGCGACAUACCAAGAAUGGCACGUUUGUGUUUUGUACUCUAUGAAAUAAGCAAAACCGCCAAAGGCCUAAAAAGUCGAAGACUUCUGAAGGAUUCGAAACAGGAAUACUUUAUAAAUCCUUUGUGUUGGGCAAACACAACGAUAUACGACUUUAAAUCACAGCUGAAAACUGGUGCAAUGACUCUUUACACGUGGACGUACGCCGAAGAUAUGCAGAAUGAGGAUUUGUUGCAUUCUUUGGGUACAGUUGUUUCGAAUCCUCAUAUAGAUCGUGCUGCAGCGUUGAUGCUCACGUUUCCAAACUACGGAAAAGACAAAUCAGUGCUGUAUCCCUCGCCAGAAAAAGUAAUCGAAUACGCGACGAAGCUCAGCGAAUCCUCGGAGGAGCGUAUGAUCGAAGAGGAACCAAAUUUAGAGUCUGAGACUAAUAAAAUACAAUUCGAUUCACUGAGAGCUCUCGCCGAUAGAGAUCCGCUUCACGAACUUCACGAGCAGGAGAAGAAAACUAUAUGGGCUUUGAGGCGUCACUGUCUUCACGAGAUACCAGAAUUACUGUCGAAACUUCUCCAUUGCGUCGAGUGGAACGAUCACAGGGAAGUUGCCGAAGCCACAGCUCUGGUGCAUCAAUGGCCGAAAUUACCGGUUGAAAGAGCGCUCGAGUUGCUGGAUUACGCUUACGCCGAUCAAACUGUCCGAAGUUUCGCCGUGCGAUGUCUCAUUGACGUGACCGACGACGACCUUAGUUUGUAUCUCCUGCAGUUGGUACAAGCGUUGAAACACGAAAAUUAUCUGUCCUGUGAUUUGACGGAAUUUUUGUUGCGACGAGCUCUCAAUAAUCAGAGGAUAGGACACUUUUUGUUCUGGCAUCUCAGAUCCGAAAUGCACGUCGGCGCCGUUUCCGUGCGUUUUGGCCUCAUUCUCGAAGCCUAUUGUCGCGGUAGCCAACAACACAUGCGCGUUCUUUUCAAGCAAAUGGAAUGCUUGGAUAAGCUCAGAAUUGCAUCGGAAAUGGUCAAAUCACGAAAAGAUCGUAAAGCCGCUCUACAGGUUUUUCAUGACUAUAUACAAGAGCCACAUUGUCAGGAGGCUCUCUCGAACGUACUCAAUCCGUUAGAUCCAAGCUUUCGAUGGAAGCACGUUAAAAUCGAAAAAUGUCGCGUUAUGGACAGCAAAAUGCGACCUCUCUGGAUGGUGUUCGAGAAUGACGACACAUUCGGCGACGAUAUUUACCUCAUUCUCAAACAUGGAGAUGACUUGAGACAGGAUAUGUUAACUCUACAGAUGUUGAGAAUUAUGGACAAAUUGUGGAAACGAGAAGGUCUCGAUUUACGCAUGAAUCCGUAUCGCUGCAUAUCCACUGAAAAUCGAGUUGGAAUGAUUGAAGUUGUACUCAAUGCUGAAACCAUAGCCAACAUACAGAAAGAAAAAGGAAUGUUUUCUGCUACUGCAGCAUUUAGACGAGGAUCGUUGCUAGCUUGGUUGAAAGAUCACAAUCACACCGAGUCGGCUUUAAACAAAGCAAUCCAAGAAUUUACUCUGAGCUGUGCUGGUUACUGUGUAGCGACGUACGUUCUCGGAAUCGCAGAUCGUCAUUCUGACAACAUAAUGGUUAAAAAGACGGGUCAACUGUUCCACGUUGAUUUUGGUCACAUACUCGGCCACUUUAAAGAGAAAUUUGGGUUCCGACGUGAACGAGUACCUUUCGUGCUGACCAAUGAUUUUGUUCACGUCAUUAAUAAAGGUCAAACGAAAAAGGGUCAAGCCGUGGAAUUUCAACGUUUCCAAAAUUAUUGCGAACAAGCUUUUCUCGUCUUAAGACGUCACGGUGGUCUUAUUCUUUCCCUCUUUGCGAUGAUGAUAUCAACAGGAUUGCCAGAACUGUCUUCAGAAAAGGAUCUCAAUUAUUUGAGAGAUACUUUGGUUCUCGAGAUGUCGGAGAGCGAGGCGCAAAAACAUUUCAAAAGUAAAUUCGACGAGGCUCUCUGCAAUUCGUGGAAGACUUCGUUGAAUUGGGCCUCACAUAAUAUGGCGAAAAACAACAAAACGACGUAAAUGUAAGUCGGCGAUUUGUAUCGCAGUGAUUCGCAGGGGGAUAAAGACUGCACGUGCUCAAAAGUAAGAUGAGAAAAAAUCACACUGAUUAGAUAGUUUGAAAAAUUAAAUAAAACAAACGAAACGAUUACUCGCGUCGUGUAUAGCUGGAAAUCGACUGAAAUUUAUUAUCGGCAAGUGCAUCGUGUUUGUGUGAUUUUGUAUUGGCUGUUACGAAAGGUGUCGAAAGAAAAAGUACACGAACAAUCAUAAAUGAGAGUGUGCGAUGCAACGUUGAUGAAUUACUCAAAUGCCAAAAGCUGCGAUAUCUUCGAGUUGAACCAAACGAACAAGCACGAUCUAAGCACGAUCGUUCAAAUGAAAUUACUGCGGUGAUAACACGAAGAACAAAUGUGCUUUUCCUCUAUCAGUUAUCAACGCUCGGCGGCGAAUCUUGCUUUUUUCAUUUUUCCAUUAUUGACGUUGUAGACGUUUUAUAUGAACGUUCUCAUUCGACGUUUUAAUUGAAAAAAAAUUCAGCUGCGUUCAAAACGUCGUUACUGUCGGUUUCCGCAGUAACAUUUAUUCCAGGCAAUUUUCAAUCAAGAUUACAACAACUGUUCACAGAAUUUUUUUUCAUCGGUCGUAAUGAACUAGACUUUUACGAAUAAUCUUCGAGAAUAUUUCGCCUCUUUACAAUUGGUAUUUUGAAGUUGCGUAAAACGAAUCAAGUUUCUGAAUAUUUCGAAGCUUUUUUUGUGAAAAGACUGAAUGUUACAUCCGCGAACUCUCUGCUCAAGUAAUCAAUGAAUACAUUUAUUGCUUUUAUUCCUGGCAAUCGGUACACAACUGUCGAAACUCUGUUGAAUUGAAAUUUGGCCCUGGUGCGAAACAUUCUCAACCCAUUGUCGCGUACAUUGAAUAAUUUUCAGAUCGCAAUGUGAUAUCCCAAAGCAAUACGUAUAAUUCGCACGACGAUGUAUGGAAUUCCGAUCGUUGCCCUCUUAAUCUUCUGUUUCUAUUUCUGUCGAACGACGGUAAGAAGGAAAGCAGCCAAGGAGGCAAAUUACAAUGCGCGUUGAAUGAAUGCACAGACCCAGUAAGCUUUCCCGAUUCACCGCGAAACCGUAUUCGAAUUAUACGUCAUUAAGAAUUCGCUGCUGGCGACGAUGAUGAAAAAAAAAUACAAAAAUUGCACAUGGAGUAAAUUAGAUUAAGUUCAAAAAAUCAAGAACUCUCAAAGUAGCUUUGAAUAAUGUUGAAAAAAAAAUGAUUCUUUUUUCUCGUUCAGAGUUAUACGAUUGAAAAAAUGCAAAAAAGCGAGGGCGGAAUUGAAAACGGGGCAACUAAAAGGACGCUGAUAUUAGUUACCGUUUGAAAAGUUUUCAUCAGUCGAACAAAUCGUUUGAUUUAAGCCCGUCAAAAUUUCGACGAGCACAUGUCUCAUAGAUGUUAUACAUCGAGCUUUGUAAAUUCGCUUGUAAAAUAAUUGGAAGUUAGAUUUGUUUGAGGAGGCGCAGUACAAUGAGAAGCGGAUUAUAGGCAAGUCAGGCCGUAUACCCAAAACGACGUAGAUAGUGCCAAUAAUGGAAUAGUUAUUAUUCACGAUAUCGAUUGAAAAUUCAUUCUAGAAGAUGAGGAUUGAUUGGGGAAAAAUUUUGGAAGCCCGUAGAGCUUAUAUUUUUCAGAGACUGUAUAACGCGUAUCUUGUAACGUGCAAAUUCGUUGUUGUCAACGAAUUUUUCAAGCUUAUACUUGUUUUUUUUUUUCUUUCUUUUCGUCAAUCAUUUUAUUUCUUUCCUCAUUACCGUGGCGUAUCUGCAAUCUUGACCCAUUAAUCCUAACAUUGGUAAUACGAUCGCACGUACAAUUAUACAAUCUUGAAACCUAAGUUUGAAAUUAGAUUGCGAGAAGACGUCGAAGAUAAUAAACGAAUGAAGGAAAUUAAUAUACUUUGAAACAUUUGUGCAAGACCUGGAGAGAAUCGUAUUAUUUGCGUUAUUGGCUAAUUCGAAUUUCCUGCGCGUAUCGUGCAACAUUUAUUGGCUGGUGAUAUUAAAAAAAAAAAAAAAAAAAAAAAAAAAAAAACGCGAAACAAUCAAUUUCUUGAAAAUUAGAAUUAAUUUAUAGAACAAAAAUGUCUUUAUCUAAAUUCUCUAAAUAAAAUUGAUCAAAAAGUCCGAUAAAUACAUUCUUCGCAGAACUUCAACUCGAAUGACUGAAGAAAUUUUGAGGGAAAUGCUCGAGCCUGCGAUUCCCAAGUUUUUGCAACAAAAAAUAGUUCAAUUCAAAUAUUAUAAUAAUGAAAAAUUAGUGUAAUACGAUUAUAAAAAAGGUGAUCCGAACGGUGAAUGCGUGUUUAGGAUUGUACGAUCCAUGAUAAUAGGAAGAAAGUAAUGGAAACGAUUACUUUCGAUGUGGAGUUGUUGAGUUCGUUGAAAAAAAAAAAGAAAAUAAGACUCGAAAAAAAUGUAUUAAAAAAGCUUAGCUCUUCGUUGUCACCGAAGCGUCUUUCAUCGAAUUAUGAUCGGUUGUGAUGGACAAAAUAAGUCUUUUCGUGAUUUUAUAUAGGCCGAUUUAUUUGUUUUUCUUUCAUUCUCUCUCUUGGUAUGCGUUAUGAAAAAAUAAAUCGUGCUAAACGAUGUAUCGAAUAAAACAUAAUCGACAAUGAAGAGCUUUGCGAGUGAAGAAUUUUCGUAAGUUUUCGUCGCAAUGCAAUGAAACUCAAUGCAAUUAUUAAGAUUAUUACGCUACUGCUAUUUUUACUCGCUGUAAUUCUUUCUCUGUUCUCUUUUUUUCAUUUCUUUUUUUAAUUAAUAUAUAUCAAUUACCAUAAAUUAUAACGAAUAUAAGGAUCAUCGUUAUAACCAUUAUUAUAACUAUAUUUCUGCCACGCCACGAAAAAUCUCUUAUCACCGUAAUUAUAAAGACACGUAACUUUAUAUUAAAAACAACAACAAAAGUAUACAAUUAGAUUUAAAGUGAUUUUAAAGAAAACGUGCGAAUAAGCCAGUGCUGGUUCUCGACGUUCACGAUCGACUCUCCUCUCUCACUAUUUUCCAUUUUCUUAUCGAGCUGCACACAAUCGUAAACUUAAUGAGAGUCUCUGACUCGUCGUAUCUGGUGAAUGAAAAAUCAAAUUGCAAAAAGACGAAAUGUAACGGACACAAAACGUUGAACCAUACGAUCGACCAAGUCUCUGUAUCAUAACGAAAAGAUGAAAAGUGCAAACGACUUAUUUGUGCAAAGUACAAAUUCCAAAAUAGAAUUCGAAUUUUGACCUUCUCGCGAGUCAUGCGUCGUAUCAUUCUUUCGGUCUUUUUUAUCUCGUCCAAACGAGCGGGCUGUGUUCAAGCAGUGAUGAGAAAACUAAUAGUUCGAAUAUCUAAGCUCGGUACGUUUAUUCGCAAAAGUAUUCGUGUGGAGAAUGAAAAUAUUUGGUGUCUGGUUGAAGAGCGGGCGCGAGAGAGGUCGAAAGGGUUUGGAUUUCUCUCUCGCUCUCAUUCUCUUUGGAUGUUGUACACGCCCAAAGAGAACCUUCGUUAUUGAUUAAUUAUAACAAUAAAAGUAAUAAUAACGAUAAUAAUUAACUUGGCAUAUUUUCAGCUCCCUCGAUACUCUCUCUCUUUCCCUGUAAAUAUAAACAUCUUUUAGCCCUUAAAAAUACCAAAUCAAUUGUAUUUCAAGGUUAUUUAUGAAACCGACUGUAAGAAAGAUAACGAAACAAUAAAACGAAUGAAAAACGUUUGAAAAUCGAA